CCAAUAAGAAUUGGCAACGACCUUGUCUAAUCUCUUAAAAAAUAAGUGAGUCAUCCUUGUGUUUAUUAGUCCAAGUGAAAGGAACACUCGAAGCUUGUAACGAAAUUAGCCCCGCAUUGUUUAGAAAAUCUACAAGCAACAUCCAUGGCUUAUCACUGGCUAAUCUCUCCCUCUCUUCUCUCUUCUGCAACCUGCACCCCUUCCCUCCCUUCUCUCUUCUACAAACUGCACCACCCUCCCUUCUCUCCUCCUUCCUCCCUCCCUUCUCACUUCUUCUUCCUUGUAAAAUCCCAGAAACAAAGCAACUCUCAGACCCAGAAACCAAAAUAUGGAGAAAACCCAAGAUUUUGCUCUGGCUGAGAUGAAGAAAUCAGUGCAAAAGCUUGGAUCUUCCACUGAGAAGUUUGGAGACCCAACUCUCAUGAGGUUCUUGAUUGUGAGAUCAAUGGACCCGGACAAAGCAGAAAAGAUGUUUGUUCAGUGGCACAAAUGGAGGGCUUCGUUUGCUCCAAGUGGGUUCGUUUCGGAUGUCGAAGUGAAGGAUCAAUUGGCAGAUAGAAAGAUCUUCUUGCAGGGUUUGUCCAAGUUGGGCUUGAGCUCUAAUUCCGGCUAAGUCUAGGCGGGCUCAGGCUCUGAGAAACCGAGGCGUUGUCGAGGAACAUCGCGAUGAGGGGAAAUGGGUGGUGUAGCAGAGAAGAUCUAGUUGGGGUUGGGAUCUCUUCAAUAAACCUAGCUCCGCAAUCGGGGCAGAAGAUCGAAUCUUGGGUCCAAACCCGAACUUGAUUCAAUCGGCUACACGUGUAGCACCAGUAGGACGAUGCUGCCAUGGAAGCCAUAUAAAGGUAUCGAAAACCCCACAAAUUGCAGAGAAAGAGGGAAAGAUGCUUUCUCUCCUCCGUAUUCGAAAUUGGGAAAAGAUUGAAUAUUUGCUGGAUUGGAAUCGAAGCUCAGCGACCCAGAUGAAUGCAAUUGAAAUCUUGGGAGUUCAAAUCGUCGAGUGGGAUUGGAGGCCCAGUGAAGCAAGAGCAAAGAGGAGAGAGAGGUGGAGGGGGAGAGAGAGAGAGAGAGAGAGUGCGGGAAUAGAAGA